UUCGAUCACCUCUCGAAACAAAAUUUUAAGGACGACGCAAAUGGCCCCCAACUACUGGGAUCCGCUCGCCUUCGCCCACGAGCAACCGUCAGAGCAGUGCACGGCCAGGGCGAAACGGGAUCUGGCUGAGUUCAACGCCCAGCCUCCGCCGGGCAUCUUCGUCGCGGCCGAGGAGAAUGACAUCACCAAGGUGCACGCCAUCAUCGUGGGCCCCGUCGGGACGCCGUACGAAGGGGGCUUCUUCCAGUUCCUCCUCAAGUUUCCAUUCGACUACCCUAUGAGUCCACCCCGGUUGCGACACGUCACCACCGACGCCGGCCGGGUGCUCUUCAACCAGCACUUCUACCGGAGCGGCGAGGUGUGCCUGAGUAUCCUGGGCACGACCACGGGGCCGGCCUGGAGCCCUGCACAAACACUGUCCAGCGUCCUGGUGAGCGUGCAGUCGAUGAUGGUCGAGAAGCCGUACUUCGAGGGAUUCAAGGUAGAGGACCCUCCAGGAGCGUCGGCACGCUACAACGAGUUCAUUAGACACGAGACCAUGAGGGUCACCGUGUGCGACCAAGUCGAGGCGUCCCUCAAGGAGACCAUUGAAUGCCCGCCCUCCCUGAGGAGCCGUAUUCUCAAGUCGUUCCUCGAGUCCUACGGCAACUACGAAGACGCCAUCACGGCGAAACUCCAUCUGACGGGCAGGCAGAUGAAGGACCCGUACACCAAGAACGUUUCGACGUACCAGUACGAAACUCUGCUGACUCGUCUCAAAAGCCUCAAGGAGGAGGUCGAGAAGAAGAACGAGGAGGCUAAGAAGGCUGCCGCUGAAGCCGCUGCGCAAGAAGAAAAUCAAGUAGAGGUGGCCAAGUGA